AGUCUUUUUUUCUGUGAGGUUGAAGAAGGAUGAUGAAGGGGGCGGAUUAACCGGGUUGCACAACCCGCAGCCACACGCAUUAUUAUUGACACGAAGAAACCAUGAGAUGGCUUUCAAAAGCAAAAAGGUCGACUCGAAGACCGUACUCUGCAACCUGCUGCUGUGUUUGCUCAUCUUCUACUCUCUCUUCUAUAUGAUCGGAAGCGUCUGCUUUGGUGUCUUCAGGUUGGAUCACUUUGAUGGACUGAUACCAUUUGACUUUAAGACCACACUUGAGGACUCCACCUCUAAAUAUUUGGUGAACAUCCUGUCUCUGGAGCUCACUUACUUCAGUAGCAGCCUGCUGUUUGCCGUUGUGGUCAAGAGGAGAGUGUGGGACUAUGCCGUCACAGUCACUAUUCUGCAUGUUUUCAUUACAAGCAUUGUGAUGCUGGAGUUUCCACUGGCAUGGCAGUGGUGGCUGGCCUUAGGUAGCGGCUUGUUUCUGAUGAUCUGCAAUGGUCAGCUGAUUGCUUACUUCACUUGCCCAGGAGACCAAAGCUACGUUGCUUUUUCCGUCUAUUAACUGGCUUCCUUGACAAUGGGACAGUACUGGUUAUGUGCAGUGCGAUAAUGACCGUAUCAAAGUAUCUCACAGUACAGCUCCAUCAACUCAAGAGACAAUACAUUAUUGUAUUGUAUAAUAUCUGGCAACACAAGGGAGUACACCUCACAGUGAAUACUUGUUAUCUAACCUUAAUACUCUUGGGCAUGGAACUCACCAGCAGAGGUUGUUACUGGAAUCCUCUUCCACUGGUGGAUGUUAGACACCUUGCUCUCCUGUUUUUGCAGUGUAAAUGCUGCACCUUUAUCCAGAUCCUCACCAAUAUGUAAAUGUUUUUUUUACCUUGGCUUCAUGUGCCAACCUUUUACAGAGUGCGUAUCUUUUAGUGUUCCGCUACGUUCAAAACAACAAAGUUAUUGGUGAUGGCCUAAGACAUUUUUUGCACAGUCUGUCAGUACCGCAAGCAGAUGUGUCUAUGUUUGCCUUGUGACGCACACCGUAAAGUAUUAGUUACUGUACCUUUAAACGCUGUGAAUGUAAAAUCUGAAUGUUGGGAAUGUUGCAAUACUUGUUAUUUAUUUAAAAUAAAACUAAACAUUCUGUAAAUGUACAAUCAGAGUACUGGGCCAUUUUAUGAAACUAGCCCUGUUGCCGUGGAAUCCUUCAUGUAUGAGAACCCUACAAACACCUGGCUAGCCCCGCCCUCUUGGCACCUGUCAGUCAUGGAGGUGGGCAGAGGCUGUAGAGUGAACUCAGGGUCAAUGUAGCUGACGUCAGAAGGACUCGUCUGCAAAAAGAGAGGCAUGGCACACGUUCAAGGACAUAAUGCUGUCACAUGAAACGCUCACGUCACGUCUUACCACGUUGGGGACAAACGGGGGUGUGACCUUUCUCGCCAGGAGGUCAUCCCAGUUGAUGGAUGCAAAGAAUGGAUGCUCCUGCAGCUCCACCUGAUUGGCAAAUCCCAUUUAAUACAUGAUCCAAGCAAUGUUUACUGUUCUGUACUGUGUUCUUACAAUGUCACGUCUCUCUCCCAAGCGUUUUGAUACAUUCCUCUCCAGUAAGCCCUCUAACAGUGAGCAGGCCGCCUCAGAUACUCCGCUACGCAUGUGAAGAGGCGCGUGGAGUAUCUUCUCAAACAUCUCCUCUUUGCUGUGGCUGUAAAAUGGAGGCUGAGGGUCCAAGUGGGGUCAAAAAUAAGACACUGAGGAGAGGUGAGAUGAUUUUUAAAAAGUGCACCAACUCACCAGUCCGUAAAGCAUCUCAAAAAGCACACUUCCAAGUCCCCACCAGUCCACUGCUGGACUGUAUGUGUGACCCUGCAGGACCUCAGGAGCAAGAUACUCAGGAGUGCCGCAGAAGGUGUGCAUGAUUCCACCUACGGCCACGCCUUCUUUACAUAGUCCAAAGUCAGUCAGCCUCACGUGACCCUUGCUGUCGAGCAAAAUGUUCUCUGGUUUCAGGUCUCUGAAACAAAAACAGCAAAAGUGUUAAAUUGUCAAUUUUUAAAUGUGGUUUGCUUCACCUCCUUUCACUACAGGGGAAAGGUGCAGCCCGGGGUCCAUUUGUGGCCCAAAGCUUGUUUUGUUUUGUAUUUGUAAUAAAACCAAAAAAAAACAACUGCAACAAUGGGGGAAAAAAAGACCAAAAAGGUGUAAUGUGAUACUAAUAAUAAUAAUAAUAAUACGCUUUGUCAGGGAUAAUAAGUUUUGCCUACAAAUACAUACAAAAUGUCUUUUUAUAGCCUUUUUAGAAAAUAAAAAAUACCAAAAUGGCCUCCGCAUCCUUUGACUUUUCCGUAUUUCCCUGGCUUAAAAAAAGUUUGGACACCCCUUUUACUACAUAAGCCAAACAAUACACAACUUGAUCUGAUGAAAUCUAGCAGAUCCAAACAUGCAUAAAUAAUAUUCAUCCAUUUUCUAUGCCACUUAUCCUCACUAGGGUCGCAGGGGUAUGCUGGAGCCUAUCCCAGCUGACUUUGGGCGAGAGGCGGGGUAC